GUAUUAAACAAAAAGACAUAAAGCCCUAUCUUACAGCCAAUAAUCAAUGACAGAACUUGCCUUUGAAUACUUUGACCCUGAGUCUGAGCUAUGCAACCUAGACGAAAACGGUCGUCCUAUCCGACCACGUAAAAAGCCAGGGAGAAAGCCCAAUCCUCCUACACCUGCCCAACGCAAGGCACAAAACAGAGCUGCACAGCGCGCAUUUCGGGAACGUAAACGUAGGGAGAUGCGAGAGACAGAAUCGACUAUGAAGAGGAGCGUCCAUGUUUUAGAUAGUGCAGCUAGAGAAACAAAAUUGUUGCGACAACGAUUAUCCGAACUAUCAUACGAGAACAAAUAUCUAAAGGGGGUCGUUCUCACCCUUAAAUUGGCUUGUAAGGCUAAUGGUGUGGAAAUACCAAAAUUCUGGGAUGCCGGAGAGCUGGACGACAUGGGAGCAGAAAAACUGUUGCAUUCAAAGUCCAAGGAUAUACCACAGGCCCUCGAAUUUUUUUUAAAUAAUCACAAGCAAAUAAUUGGAAUCCCUCCACUUCCGCUGUCAUCAUAUGCUGCUGCUACUACUACCAGCGUCACCACUACCAUGAAUAAUUCUAUAAAUACAAAUACGGCUGCGGCUACAACCACUACAUCUUUAAAUCAUAACAAUCAUUUCAAUAGUAACCAAGGCCAAUUUAAUCUAUCUCAAGAACAGGAACAUACACUCUGGACACCUGCUGGCUUGUCAUUAAAUUUCCCGGACACUCCACCUCUGGACCUUUCCCAACCACUUGCCUUACACCCGUCCUUUUUCCAGGAUUAUUAUAAUUCUAUUACGUCCUCUUCUUCUUCCUUUAAUCCUAAGGCUAGAGAAUAUAAUGGCCGGCCACCUCCCGAGUGGCGUAAAACGCUCGAAAAUUUGGGUAUACAAGUGCACGAUGGAAUGACUAAUAUGGAAGACGAUCAAUCCUUAUCGUCCAAAGAUACGAAUACGACGGAUGCAUUGGAUGAUAUGUGGGUUGACCCUGCAACAGGGCUUUCACGUACAGUUACCGAAAGCCCAACACCUAAUUCCCCAGUUGAAGAACCUACUCGACGAAUCUUUCCUCCAAUGACAGCAAUACAAGCAUUAGAAUUCAUCGAAAAUACAAUACAGCCUGAUGAACUUCAAACUCGUUCUUUAUUCCAACCCACUGAAUUGCAACGCAUGAUUCCUCACGAUUCUCGUAUAGACGUCAUCCCUGGAGCGUCUAUGCGUGAUCUCAUGAUAAUAUACCAGGAUUUCUACGAUGCGGACCAAAUGUUUAAGAUGGUCAUUGACUCAGCUUUGUUCCUUGGUGGUGACCUCGGGAAUUUGGAUGCUUGGAUGGUAGGACCAUCGUUCCUUGAGAGGUAUUGGUUCUUGUGCUCAUUCCAGAUUGGAGUAAUCCGCCUCGACAAUUCCGCCAAUUAUGCUAUCAAGAUAGCGAAGAAUAUGAUAAAUCUACUGUUGACUGAACGGAAAAAUAUGUACUUGCAUCGAGAUCUAUUUGAGGAUUGUUUCCCGCCUUGUACAAUCUGAUUACUUUAUUGGCGAAUAAAGCACAACCAACGCUAGUAACUUUGAAGUAUAUGU